CCCUUUCGUUCUUUCUUGAAGACAGGGUCGUCAAAAUGGCCGACUCCACGAAGGACGAUGAUUCAUCAAUACAGGUGCGAAGCAGAGGACAGAAAAAUGAAGAGACAAAUUCACAACCAAAUAACCAACAAGAAAUACAACAACCAAAUCAAAAUCCGGCGCCACAGCAGCAAGAAGGCUCGUCGUGGAAAGGGGUCAUUCUGCGAAUGGUGAUAUUUUGGGUUGUUCUGAAUUUUUUUAGGUCAAAAAGCAGCCCUCCUCAAAAUGCUACUUCAGGAGACGGGAAAAGUGUACCACUAGAUACCGGACCGUGCUCCAAUAUCUUCAAAAAUGGAGAAAGAAUUGACCUAUAUGUUUACUUGUCUGAAAAUUCCUACCAAAGAAAUCUUAGUUCAACAAAAGAUCUUAUAUGGAAAGAAUCUGGUAUAGAGUAUGGGAAUUGGGACAGUGGAGAAAACAAAGAUGGAAGCAUAGAAUUUCACCAUAAAGUAACAGCCUCUGAGAAUGUGAUGCAAAAUGGAUCUCUUUACUUGCAUGUUUUUGCUAUAAGAGAUGGGUUUUCUGCAGAUCCAGAAUCUCAAUCCUACAAUCCACAGGCGUUUGUUAAUCAGUCUAGAAUGAUGACAAUCUAUCGGAAAAAAAGAAUACAAAAGACAAAGAAUCUUCUUACUGGACCAACAAAUUCAGAAGUUGUCAAUAUCAAUUCAAACAAGACGGAAAUAAUUUCUUAUUGGCAUCCAAAUUUGACCUUAAACCUGGUAUAUGAUCAGACAAUGUGGCCGAGAGGCAGUCUCCCUGUGCCAUUAAAUCAAUAUAUCAUGUUCGAUAACCACACAAAUGUUUAUUACCCAGUUCUGUACCUCAAUGACUAUUGGAAUUAUGCAGCGGACAACAUGCCUAUCAACGACACGACCCCGAUUUUGGAUUUGCACCUGACGUUCAGCCCUCUUUCACUAUUCAAAUGGCAAAUGUAUGUUUCCCAAAAGAUGCGUUCACAAUGGAACGAAUACUUAGGUGACACUAUGCAACAUACAGAUGAAGAGGAAGACAUGCUCAAGCGGACGUUGAGAGAAACGAACCCCUACCUUCUUGGACUAACAAUGGUGGUUUCACUUGUUCAUAGCGUUUUCGAGUUCUUGGCGUUUAAAAAUGAUAUCCAGUUCUGGAGAAGCCGAAAGUCACUCGAGGGGUUAUCUGUUAGAUCAGUGUUUUUCAAUGUCUUCCAGUCUCUCAUCGUUGUCCUGUACGUGCUUGAUAACGAGACUAAUAUGGUUGUCGUUGUCAGCUGUUGCGUUGGACUGGUGAUAGAGUUAUGGAAAAUCACUAAGGUUGUUGACAUAAAGCUUGAUGUUGAAAACAGAUGGGGACCGUUUCCAAGUAUAAGAAUGCAAGACAAAUCUUCGUAUCAAGAAUCGCCAACGAAGAAAUUUGAUAUGCUUGCUUUCAAGUACUUGUCAUGGCUCUUGUUUCCAUUGCUUGGCUGCUAUUCCAUCUAUUCGCUGAUUUACAACGAACAUAAGGGAUGGUAUUCCUUCGUUUUAAGCAUCAUGUACGGAUUUCUGCUUACUUUCGGCUUCAUAAUGAUGACCCCACAGCUGUUUAUAAAUUACAAAAUGAAAUCCGUAGCCCAUCUGCCCUGGCGAAUGCUUACAUAUAAAGCUUUAAACACGUUUAUAGACGAUAUAUUUGCAUUUGUUAUCAAAAUGCCAACUUUGUACAGAAUUGGCUGCCUACGAGACGACAUCAUCUUCUUUAUAUUUCUUUACCAAAAAUGGAUAUACCCUGUCGACCACAAAAGGCUCAAUGAAUUCGGAACAAGUGGAGAAAUUGAGGAAAAAAUUAGACAAGGCAUCAAUCCUGCUGAAGAAACUUCAGAAGUUGUAUCAAAUGGUCACCCUGCUAUAACUGAAGAAAAAGUUGAAGAGGAUAAAAAGAACGUUUAGUUUUACUUUACGAACUUUAGUUGUUUUGAAUUUUGCACGUGCAUCUUCUGUUAAGAUGCAUGUUUAAAAGAUAGAUACUAUUGUUUGCAGACCCUUAGAAAAUGAAAAAAAUUGUAAAGAGCUUUUGCGUUCAAGUGCAGCAUUCUUCAGACAGUUAUUUAGAAUAUGUGUUGAAAGCAACAUGACUUUUUCAAAAGUUA